AUGUUACCCACUUUUUUAUUCUUUCCCUGUUGUCCGUCGAAGAACCUCUUCAUCCGAGGAAGACCGCUGUCGCCGGAUACAUAUUCAGCGGAGUUACCUUCAACGAAGCCAUCUCCAACUCGACUCUCCACUGUCUCUAACCCAACUCUUGCGUCUGCCUCUUCUGUCUCUCUCUCUCUCUCUCUCUUCUGUCUACCACUUCCGUCGGCCUGCUCGCCCGACUGUAACUCUCUCUCUUCUCUCUUCAAGAAAUUUCUCCCCAUCCCAUAUCUCUGUCGUUGCGUAUAUGUGUACAUGUUUACUAAUAUCUGUCUGUCUCUCUCUCUCUCUUAUUACUACUUCGUCGUUAUAUUUAAUUCUCCCUCUCCCUCUCUUUCUCUUCUCUCUCUGUUUCUCUCUCUCUCCCUUCUCUCUACUCCCUCUCUUGUCCCUCUCUUCUCAUCUCUCUCUUCUCUCUCUACUUCUCUCUCUCCCUUCUCUCUACUCCCUCUCUUGUCCCUCUCUUCUCAUCUCUCUCUUCUCUCUCUCCUUCUCUCUCUCCUUCUCUCUACUCCCUCUCUUGUCCCUCUCUUCUUAUCUCUCUCUUCUCUCUCUCCUUCUCUCUCUCCUUCUCUCUCUCCUUCUCUCUCUCUUCUCUCCUUUUCUCUCUCUUCUCUCUCUCCUUCUCUCUCUUCUCUCUUCUCUCUCCUUUUUCUCUCUCUCUCUUUCUCUCUACUCUCUCUUCUCUCUCUUCCACCCUUCUCUCUUCUCUCUCCUUCUCUCUCUCCCUCCCACUCUCUCAUUCUCUCCUCCUACUCUCUCACCUUUUCUUUCGCUCUCUCUCUUCUUUCUCUUCUUCUCUCUCUUCUUCUCUCUACUCUCUCUCUCUACUCUCUCUCUUCUCUCUCUUCUCUCUCUCUUCCUCUCUUCUCUCUCUCUCUUCUCAGCUCUCUCUUCUCACUCCUCCUCUCUCUUUCCAUCUCUCUUCUCCUUUCUCUCCCUUCUCUCUCCUUUUCUCUCUCUUCUCUCUACUCUCUCUUCCUCUCCUCCCUCUCUUCUCUAUUCUCUCUCCUUUUCUCUCUCUUCUGUCUCUCCUUCUCUCUACUCUCUCUUCUCUCUCUUCCUCUCCUCUCUCUUCUCUCUCCUUCUCUCUCUCCUCCUACUCUCUCUCCUCCUCCUCUCUCCUUCUCUCUCAUUCUCUCUCUCUUCUCUCUCUCCUUCUCUCUACUCUCUCUCUUCUCUCUCUCUUCUCUCUCUCUUAUCUCUCUCUUUUCUCUCUCUUCCUCUCUUCUCUCUCUCUUAUCUCUCUUCUCAUCUCUCUCUUCUCUCUCUACUUCUCUCUCUCUUUCUCUCUUUUCUUCUCUCUACUCUCUCUCUCUUCUCUCUCUCUCUUCCUCUCUCCACUCCCUCUCUUCUCUCUCUCUCUUCCUCUCUUCUCCCUCUCUCUCUCUUGUUUAG